UUUCUUUCGAUGCAUCAGGCCGUGUGCUGAAAAUGACGCAAUCGAAGUGGCGACCGCGAGAAUCUUCUGAGGAGAAGACGCGACACGUACGUAAAAUGCGCUCCCUCGUACGUAUGUACGGUGGAAAAGAAAAAGGCUGCGCGAAGUGGGGUGAAACGAUCCGUAGUGGAAGACGAAGAAGCGUCUGGUCGAACGAGUAGAAUCGUACGAACCUUCAUCGUGGCCGCAAUAGCGGAUCUUUCAUACUGGUGCCCACGUUAACAUUUACGACGAGAUAGCGAGUAUCAGUCGUACGUGCAACGACCAAAUACGUUAUAUCGAGCGAAAAGUUCAAUAAGGUAGCACCGACGAACGAAUUCAUCAACCGAAUUAUCAACCGAAAAAAGGAGAACGAAGUGAAAAGGCAAAAAUGGUUUACGAGAGCGACUUCUACACAACUCGACGACCCUACUCACGGCCUUUAGCCUCGUCUUACUCCAUCACGAAACAGGACUACUUCCCCUGGGAAAAAGUGCCGUUUGUCCCACGACCAUCCUUGGUACCGGAACCGUUCACGGUUUGGGGUCGUAAGAGACAGGAUCCUAAAAAGGAAUUUUACCAAUACGUGACCCUGAGGGACAAGGAGGGUGUCGUGCGUGGGAAGAACCCCUCAAAAGAGGAUCAUGCCCGCCAAUUGGUGGCAGGUGGUGCGGUGUCGAAGGAUCGACCGAUUACAUUACCGAUCUCUACGAUUCUUCAGUACUUCGACGACGAGGCGAGGGAAAUACGUGCGAGAGUGGAUUCCCUUCUUCUUCAUCCCACGAGCCGUAGCAAGCGACUUCGCGGAAGAAAUAGUGCCGGAACGCAUGCGCAGCGGGGAUUACGUCCGCCGGCUUAUCUCGGGCAAGCACAACACGAAGAAGGACACGAUAGAGCCGGUCUCAUGGUACGAGGUACCCGAUCGAGGUAACUUUGGUAAUCUGGCGUGUGUUAAGUAUGUCGCCGGCAAGCCACACUCGAUCAGGAAACCCUACUUCAAGGUCGCCGAUUUACGCCCGUCCGACAUCAAAAACGAUGUCAAUUUUCUCAGUUACUACAGCAAGAACCGCGAGGCGGCGGCUAACGCCUCCCCAGAUCAACCGAUGACGGAAAGAGAGUUGCGGAAGGCGCGAGCGUUGCAACCCGAUUUGGACGAGUCGACCCUGAGAAAAGUAACGGAUAAAACGCGUAGAGAAACGGAAUCGAGAGCGGAGAAGAAACGUGGAUUCUCCAGUCGCGAGAAAAUUCUCGAGGAGGAGAAGGAAAUCGUGGAGACCGUGACGCAAUCCGCGCCUGUGAAAGAGGUUCAAUCCGUGCCUGAACCGGCCAGGGAGCCAGAAGCGGCGAACGAAGCUGCGACAGAAGCUGAAUCCCCAAGCAAAGCCGAACAUCCUGCGAAAAAACCGGAACCUGAACCUCCAAAAGAACCCACACCCGAACCUCCAAAAGAACCCACGCCCGAACCUCCAAAAGAACCCACACCCGAACCCACACCCCUGAAAGAACCUACGCCUGAACCUACGCCUGAACCCCCAAAAGAACCUACGCCUGAACCCACGCCUGAAGCCGAAUCGCUUUCAGAGACUGGAAAAGCGGUGGAAUCGAAUCAAGGAAACUUAAAAGAAUCCACGAAGGACGAUACGGUAAUGGAAGAAGGAGAAACGAAUCGAGAACCGGUGGAAGAAUCGAAGCGAGAUGUUAACGAAGCUGUAAGUGAAUCGGAGGAGGAAACUGAUGAGAAGCAGGCAACGAGUGAGGAUGUGAGGCAAGAUAAGGAGGAGGCGGUGAAGAGAAUAGAGCAGUACCUUAUUAACGCUGCCGAGCAGGCGAGGACCGAGGAGGAGCGUAAAAUAGCUGCCGAGGAAGAACGGGCGAGGCUAGAGAUGGAGGAGACGAAGGCGUGGGAGCAGCUGCAAAUAGCACAGGAGCGAGUAGCCCAUCUCGAUGAGAUUAUCGAGCAAGAAAAAAUCGAGGAAAAGAGAAAGGCCGAGGAGGAGAAGAUCGAAGCUGACCUCUUGGAAACUCGAAAUAUACUCGAGGAAGAGAGAAAGUUAGAGGAGGCUAAAACGGCGGCUUUGCUGGCGGAACAGGAGCGGAUGUUGAUCGAGGAACAAUUGGAGAAAACACGGGAGGAAGAGGAGAAGGAGGAAAGGUUGGCGAACGUCACCUUCCUCGACCAAGAUCGGGAAGUGAAAAGCAUCGAUCAUUGUCGCGACGACGAGAUAACGUGCGAUAUUACCGAUCAAGAUAGGGAGGAGAAGCCCUACGAUCCAAUCACCGACGACGAGACCCAGAUCGAAGAGGAGGAUGCGCACGAGGAAUGUGAGUGCGACAUGGCGGAGAAUCCUUUCGUGGAGGAGCCGGAAGGGGCGGAAGGAAAGCCGGUGACCGGUGGGAAUAGCGUGGAGGAAUCGUCGAAAACCGAAGAAGUAACGUCGGGCGGAGAGGAAAGUUUCGUGUGGGGUGACGAGGAUGAUUAAAA